AUGGGGCGCGGGCUGCGCCGUCGAUCAGCCAAUCAGCACUCAGGAGAGGAGGCGGGCCGAGCAGCUACCGCGUCCCUGUGCCGCAGCAGCGUCUUGCCGCUUCUCUCCGCAGGAGCGUCGUCGCCUUCCAGCUUCAGCUGGGAUGUGAUCGCGGUACCGACUCACGACGUCAAAGGGUACCGAACCGAGCCGUUCCAGGCUCAUCUUGACCGAACCGGGCCACGGUUCGGCGGCCCGCUCUCUUAUUUUGGCGGUAAUCGCCGCUUCCUCCCCGCUGACAGCCGGAACUCCACAGCAGGAACCUCCAUUUUCCUGCCGCGCGCGCUGGACGCCGCCCAGCCGCAGGUUGCAGCUCUUCAGCCUCUUGGCCCGUACAGCAUGGAGGACUCUGAGGUGGAGCUGGCGGUGUCGGAGUCGGACGCUCUGGGCGCAGACUUCAUCACGGUGGAGCUGGACACGCAGCCCAUCGAGUACGUGGUGAAGUGGGCGGAGGUGGGCUCCAAGUUCACCAUCUCCUGCGUGAAGAAGGACUCGGACGAGCCCGGAGACCUGACGGCCGAGCAGCUGAAGAUCGAAACGGACGAGGCCUUCUUCGCGCCGUACGAGGAGGUGUACCCCUGCGAGGUGACGGAGCAGAGCGUGGAGAUAAAGACGGACUCUGACGAGGACGACGAGUGCUCGCAGGUGGAGCACGAGGUUCUGCUGGAGGCGGGGAGCAGCCACCUGGACGGCGGGGUGGACUCGGACCAGGCGGACUACGAGCCAGUGGAGCGGCAGUACCGCUGCAGCUUCUGCGGCAAGAGCUACAGCCACGCCUCCAGCCUGUACCGCCACCAGCAGACGCACACGGGCAAAGCCGGGACACCACCUGCCGCCAAGCGAGCUCUAGAGCCCACCCACCAAGAGGCCCGCUACACCUGCCCCCACUGUGGCAUGAGCUUUAAGGGCAGUCGGAUGCUGGGGAGUCACCUGCGGCUGCACGGAAAGCGACGCAUCCACCCCUGCAACAUCUGUGGCAAGGAGUUCAACCACAGCUCCAGCUUGUCUCGCCACCGCCUCAUCCACAAGAAGGGGAAGGGCAUCCCCAAAGACGCCCCCUUCAGCACCGGCGUGGCCACCCUGCGCCUCUGCGGCAAGAACAAGAAGACCAAGAAGCAGCACGUUGCGACCGCCAUCAUCCAGAGCCAGGGCACCGACAAGUUCUACGCCUGCCCGCAGUGUGACAUGAGCUUCAGGACGUCCACGCAGCUGUCCAAGCACCAGGUGACCCACGUGAAGGAGCUGCUGGACAGCUACACGCCCGGCAAGGAGAACCUGGGCGAGAGCUCGUCCGACCUCAAGAUCCGCCUCAAGCUCUGCUCGCGGGACAAGCCUAACUUCUACACCCUCUGCAAGAAGAACCGGCGCCGCCGAGGGGGCCGGGCCGCCAGGCGGGCCCCGCCCACCGAAGGCGAGGAGAUGUGCGGCGUGGAAGGGAUGGGCCCCCACAUCUGCGGCCUGUGCGGGAAGCAGUUUAACCACGCCGCCAGUCUGGCGCGGCACCAGCAGAGCCACCGGUUGAGCGGCGGCGCCCGCGGGAAGCAGCUUCACCCCUCGCCGGGACUCCCCCCCUCAAAGACCAAGACCUACACCUGCGCCGCCUGCAACAAGACCUUCAUGCACUCGUCCAGCUUCUCACGCCACAAGAAAGCCCACCUGGUGGAGGACGGCCAGGUCACCGCCAAGCUCCAGAAGAGUCCCAUCCUGGACGAGACCGCGCCCCUCGAGUCGGACUCGGAGUGACCCCCUCCCCCGCCUGCUCUGAACUGGAUCGGAUUGAGGUGAAAGCAGAAGCACUGACUGGUUCUGGGCGGUUGUGGAACCAGUUCUGGGAAAGUUCAAACUCAAAUGUUCUGGGGCCGUUCUGGUCGUCCAGGUCUCAGGAACGGAAAAUGGUUUCUUCCUCUUUGGUGUAAAUAGCAGCAGGAUAUCCUAAUAUGGUCAUCAGGUGGGGACGGGCGCACCUGUAUGGUCCGAACUGACACUUAGCUUUGCGUAUGGAGUAUUGUAAUUAGAUUCACACAAUUGCCCCUCCCCUGUACCCCCCACCCCCACCCAUAUGAUGGCACUGUUUCCCAAAGGCAUCAUGGGAACCAGCCCACACGAUUGGACCGAUCCUCCACAAAACUGUCCUUUUAAACAACGAGCAGGUCCAGAACCGGAGCGACGCCGGACCCGUCAUCAAUUCUGAUCCAUUUAGCUGAUUGGUUGACUGACCUCGCUCCAGCAGAUGCUGUGUUCUGAUUGGCUCACGGGGUUCUCUGUUCUCUGGUAGGCCGGUCUGUCGUGGUUGCUAUAGCAACAGCAGCAUCAAACGGUGAACAGCCGUUUUUUCCUUCAAAAUAAAAGCUUCUUUCUAGGGGGCGUGGCCUGGCACACCUCGUCGUCGGGUCAUGUGUUGGUAAGGUGAAAUGUUCUGAUGUUCCAGUUGCCAUGACAGCGGUGGCUCCUCCUCCGUAGGAAGGUAUUCUUAAUGUUCUCCAUGUGUCCCGCCAUGAUUUGUGGAGCGUGCUGAUGAACCGGGACGGACGUUCGGCCCGUUCUGGACUCCCAGCUCUCGCCAAAAUAAAAGCUUUUCCUGGGACAGUUCUUGGAGUUAAUUUAAUGGUGACAUAUUUAUUUAGGUCUCAAUGCCUAUGACGCCCCCUCCCUCCCUCCCCCAUGUUCCGGUUCUGUUUGGCACCUCUCCUGUCCACAGUUUAGACCAGUGUUGUGUUGGUUUGUUGCAGUGGGGGGGUGAUGGUGGUUUUCAUUGUAUCGUGUUUGCCAAUAGAAUAAAGCUGUUGACAUGUUUGUCUCGUCUUUGGAAUAAA